CCUGGUCCGCGAGCCUUCGGUACCCCCAGCUUUUUUUCCGCCAGAGCUGUUUCCGUUCCUCUGCCCGCCAUGCCGUUCCUAGAGCUGGACACGAAUUUGCCCGCCAACCGAGUGCCCGCGGGGCUGGAGAAACGACUCUGCGCCGCCGCUGCCUCCAUCCUGGGCAAACCUGCGGACCGCGUGAACGUGACGGUACGGCCGGGCCUGGCCAUGGCGCUGAACGGGUCCACCGAGCCCUGCGCGCAGCUGUCCGUCUCCUCCAUCGGCGUAGUGGGCACCGCCGAGGACAACCGCAGCCACAGCGCCCACUUCUUUGAGUUUCUCACCAAGGAGCUAGCCCUGGGCCAGGACCGGUUCCAGGUGAGGUUCACGGGAGACUCACAGAGUAGUGAAAGAGCACUGGCCUGGAUGUCUAGACAUCUGCUUUCUGGGUCCUGCAUAGCUGGGGGACCCCAGACAAACUUGGAAAUGAACCAUCUCCAGUUGGCAACCUUCUCUUCUGUGAAAACAGGGGAAAAGACCUCCCUCCCCCACAAGAAGACUCUACAACCCAAACCUGGCGUUCUGUGACCGAGUUAAAGUUUCCUCUUGGGAUACUUAUCCGCUUUUUCCCCCUGGAGUCCUGGCAGAUUGGCAAGAUAGGGACGGUCGUGACUUUUUUAUGAUUGGGCACGGAGGGAUCCAGGGCAUCUGUGAGCUGGCUGCUUCUUCCAGAGAGAUCUCCUGGCAGAGUGAGGGCCUGGUGAUAACCAGCUUUGGAUUAUCCCGCAUGCAACAUUCCUGUGAUCACAUAAUCCUCUUCUUCGUCCUCAUAUGAAAUAAAUGAAGAGAGCUUCCUCAUUCAAA